UAGUUGUUGUUGAUCGUGAUGUAACCAUGAGUUUACAGUUUUCUUCGUUCAAAGAGCUACAACAUUUCAUUGUUGAAAAAGAAAAACGAGAGUUGAUUCAGUUGACAAUUAGAGAUUCUAGAACUAUAGCUGCAGCAAGGAAGAAAGGGAUAAAACGGUUUAUGAAAAGUGAGUUGGUAUAUUACAAUAUCAAUUAUGUGUGUAUUCAUGGAGGUGUGCUCAAAAGUAAAUCCAAGGGGCUUCGACCAAAACAGAGCACCUACAAACAAGAAUGUCCAUUUAUUAUGAGCUUCAGGGUUUCUUCUGACGGCAGAACUUUGGAUUUGAUAUCCAUCGUUGAUGACCACAACCAUGAUCGAAAUAUGGAGACUUAUUCACUUCUACCACGACAGCGGCAGCUAAAUACAAAAUCUCAAGAAAUGGUGAACUAUAUGCUAAAAUUGAGAGUUGACAAGAGAACACUACAAGCUAAGCUUCUACCCUCAAAGAAAAGGCUGUCGAAAGACCUACACAACGACGAUACGGAGAAUGAUUUAGGUCACAAUCUUCAGGAUACCUUAAACUAUCUUGAAAGCCAAGAUGGAAAUAUAAUUAAAAUUUUUAUUAAUGAAGAAAACCAAUUUUUGGGAUUAUUUUAUCAGGACAUUGAAAUGCAAAGGACAUACUCAACGUAUCCUGAAAUUUUGUUUGUUGAUGUUAUUGAUAGUGUGUCAAAUUUACAAAUUCCAUUGUACAUUAUUCUCGUUGAGGACAGCAAUGGAGACCCGGAAAUCGUAGCUUUUAUGUUACUUGCUUCAGAGGAUGCCUUCACCGUUGAGAAGAUGGUUGAGGUUUUUAAGAAGUGCAACCCUGCAUGGAAAAAUACAUUAACAAUCAUGAUUGAUAAGGACUUCCAAGAAAGAGAAACUUUUAAAAAAGGGUUUAAAAAUGCAGAACUGUUGAUUAGUACUUUCCACACCUUGAGGUCCUUCAAAAGAGAAAUUACCUGUGAUAAAAUGGGAAUUUCUAAUGGAGAAAAAAUGCUGUACCAUGAGUAUGCACGGAAACUGACGUAUUCUAAAAAUGAGCAGGAAUACAAUUCCAUCUACGAUGAGAUCAAAAGGUUUAAACUUACCAAGUUUAUUAAUUAUUUUGAGAAAAAUUGGCAUCCAAUAAAAGAGAAAUGGGUCCCAGCUCUUCAGAUUGCUUCUACUUUUGGAAACAUAAUAAAUAAUGGAUUGGAAUCAAUCAAUUCUAAAGUCAUGCAGGUUGUUCAGAGACAUCCAAUGCUUCCAGAUCUAUUCCAAAAUCUAGACUGCUUGUUGCUGAACUUAAGAGCAGAGAAAUGUGCAAAGGCUGCUAAAUUUAAUGUGAAAGUGCCUUUAAAUGUUACACUUGCACAUGAAGAUCAGAGUCAUUACUUGCAGGUUCUAACACCAUAUGCCUUUGUCUUAGUGAAUGAUAAAUUUGCUCUCAUGAAUAAAGUCGAAAUCAUUACUGAAAUGUCAACAGGUGAAUUUCUUAUUGCUUCUUCACGAGGUGUCCUAACUACUUCAAAAAGUAAAUGUAGCUGCAGAUUCUUCUGCUCCUACAAUUUACCCUGCCACCACAUCUUGUACAUUAGACAAAAAGAAGGUUUACCCCUCUUCGACAGCAUUCUCGUCCCUACACGAUGGACUAGAGAAUUUUACCUGAAAAAUAGUCGUUUGAUGUUAACAGACACUACCAGUUGUCAUGAAGAGAUUGUUGAUAGAGAAUUGUCUGAAACUGUAGAGGAAGUUUUGUCACCAAGCGACAAGGACUGCAUUGUCACUUCGAAAAUUGAAAAAAUUGCCUCUCUGGCCUUGGAGGCAUCUAGUAGUCUGUUUCCCCAAAGGAUGAAAGUCUUAAAUGACAUUAUUAGACUUUGGGAACAGGAUAAAGAAGUUGCUGUGAUGGAGGUUGAAAGUUAAACUCAAGUAGUACCGGUAGAUCCUGACUAGAUUUGAUUCACCUGAAGUAAUUAUUCAGUAAAAUCAAGAGGAGUCUUCAUCUACAAUGCAAAGGUUUUGGACCAUGAUUAUCAAUAAUUAUGUAGGCUAUUGGGUAUAUAAGUAUAGACAAUAGAGUAAAUAUAGACUGUCAAAGAAAGGUUUUGUGAUCUGCCGCUAGAUCGUUAUCACCGUUCUAUAUCGGUUAUCGGUAUUCUAUUCGGUUUCAUUGUCGACUACUUGCCAGCUGUUACCAGGACUACCACUCUUGCAAACGAAAUGCUUACUAUAUCGCUAGUAUUGUCUUCUGCAAUCGUGUCAAAAUCAUGAACAUCUUCCGCGACCGACAUCAUUAUUGAAUGCCAUGGUUCCGAAACGUCAUCGUCGUCCACGAUUGCAGCAAAAUUGAGAACAUCUUCAGCGGCCGUGGACGUGAUCGUUUUUUACCGCGGUCACAAAAACGUCGUCUAGCACGGUCGCGGUUUAAGAACAUCUCCCGCAGUCGUGUAGACACCAUCAUCUUGCGCCGUCACGGAAACGUGAUCGUUGUCUAGCACGAUCACGGUAAAAUUAUUAAAUUUCCCGAAUUUGAUAUCAAAAUAAAGACUAAAUCCCAACUUUUCAAGACCAUUUUGAGAUUCAAAACUAAUACCUGACUUUCCCGUUUUCCCCGACUACUAAGACACCCUAGUUAAUUAGAUUUUGACCUUGCAAAUAUGAAACAAAACCUUACAAUAAACCACUUCCUAAUAUUAUGGAUUAACACGUUCGCUGCGGGCCAUCAAACAGCAGGCGUAGCCCCAGUGCGGCGCAGCCCGCAGCGUCAAACAAACCCGAUUACCGGGUUAUUGGCUCUCAUAUUUCGGUAUGACGAAUAGCAAAUAAUGUGCGGUGAUGUCCUGCUUUAUAACAAGAGUCGACGUGGUUCGCUAAACACUCACAGAUACACAGUGGUACUGCUUGGAACGUAGCCGGUCCCAUAGUAUUGCCAAUUUGGGGGAGAAAGACGGGACAACAAGUUGAUUUUUAAGUUUGUCAGACAGGGAUUUUAUGGGGAAAUUUUACUACCAACCUACAACACAAGAAAAAGCAAGUCACCCACUACACGCUAACGUGGUAUAGGUACGCCUUCGACCGACGCUAUAGCAAAAACUAUGAUAUACGAAAGGCAUUGCCGAGCGUAUCCCAUCGGUUACGGCAGCACCUGAACAGCGCUCGGCCCGUAUCCGAUCAGAUACGCCCGCAGUGAACGUGUUAAUAAAGAAAAACUUUGAAUAAUUGUAAUGAAACUACAAAAGUAUAACAAAUAUUUGUUUUAAAAAAUACAAUAAAUGAUGGCAUUUAAAUUAAUUUAUUGCUUAAUAUUAAAUAAGUCAGUAAACUCCAAUUCCGGGGAAUUCCUCCAAAGUUGGCACCACUACUCCCAACUACCAAGUUGUUAUGGAAACGGUCGCUAGCGCUUGAUGCUGCAGCGGUGUGCGCCGUAACUACACAUUACCCCUAGCGGUCGGUGCCGGAAUAUACGCUAACCGCAGCACAGCUGACAGUCUAUAUUUAUUUCUUUUUGUCUAUGAUAUAAGUUAGCCGAGUUGUAAAUAAAUCAAUUAUAUAUUUGUAAAUGAAUUCCAUAAAUGCCAGUUUUAAACUGUAUAGGGCAUUGGAUAAUUUGAGCCAUAUUCAAGCAAUGUGAAUGUUAAGCCUGAAAAGAGUGUUGUAUCUAAAAGGUAUUAACUAUAUCACCUAAUUAUUUCUAUAAUAUUAAAACAUUAUUUCUUUAAAAUAUUAGGUUUGAUUUGCUGCUUAAUCAUCUAUUUUGUUACAUGAGGCUCUAUCGAGUAUUUUACUCAUUAUUUUUACAUUUUGAAGUACCGGUAUUCAUAUCUAUAUUAAGACAUGUUCAGUCAAAUUUAAAAGGGAUUUGCUCUUUUCUCCUUGUGAGUUUUAUUUUUAUUUUAGUGUUGCAAAUCAUAAUUUUGGGUAAGUAAAUUAAAUUCUUUUAGUAUUUAACUAGUAAACAUCUCUUGCCUCGUCAAUUCAAAAUUAAAUCAAAAUUAUUAGAAAAUUUAAAUUUUCAAAUUAAUUAAUUAAUUAAUUGUUGAAUAUCCUCUCCUUCACAUUCGGCAUAGUUGUAUAAAGUUUUCAUGUAUAUAAUUCAAGUGUAAUAUUAUGUUACGGUUUUUAUACUUUGUGUUGAUUGUUUUAAUUGUUGUAAAAAAGUAAUGUAAAUAAA